ACUGGGCGCCCGCCCGGAGGAUGGUCCCCGCCGUGGGGGCGCCGCCGCCCAGCCCGCCCAGUCCUCCCGUUCUCUUCUCUGAAACCAUGCCAGAGAUGACAGAGAAUGAGACACCUACUAAGAAGCAACAUCGGAAUCCCAGAGGAACACAUGAAAACAAAGAGAACCCUUGCACCCCCAAAUUAUACCUAGACAGAAUUUUGAGGCAGUGCAGUGGAACAGUUGCAGAGGAAAGAUAAUUCUGAUUUCUAACAGAGGAAGCAUGUUUGAUACCAGAAGGCUGAUGUUUGAAGAAAGAAAAAUCGAGAGACGCAUAAUGCAGUGGAGAGACAUCGAAAGAAAAAGAUUAAUGCUGGGAUAAACAGAAUUGGAGAACUCAUUCCCUGCUCUCCAGCACUUAAACAGAGCAAGAACAUGAUCCUGGAUCAGGCCUUUAAGUACAUAACAGAAAUGAAAAGGCAGAACGAUGAGCUUCUGUUAAAUGGAGGGAACAAUGAACAGGCUGAAGAGAUAAAAAAACUGCGGAAACAACUGGAUGAACUCCAAAAGGAAAAUGGGAGAUACAUCGAACUACUGAAAGCCAAUGAUAUUUGUCUGUAUGAUGAUCCUACAAUCCACUGGAAGGGGAAUCUCAAAAAUGCAAAGGUCUCAGUUGUUAUUCCUAGUGAUCAAGUUCAAAAGAACAUUAUCGUCUAUUCAAAUGGGAGUCAACCCAAUGGAAAUAACCAGGGAGCAUCUGUCCAGGGAAUAACAUUUAAUGUUGGUCAUAAUUUACAAAAGCAAACAGCCAACGUUGUGCCAGUCCAGAGAACUUGCAACCUAGUGACUCCUGUGACAAUUUCUGGUAUUUACCCUGCAGAAAAUAAGCCACGGUCUCAGAGUACAGUUUCUCCACUGGCACCUGCUCAGGUGGUUCCAUCAGGGAAUGCUCUUGAACUUUCCAUCCUAGAGAAUGAGCAAGGUGUGCUUGCUACUGCUAGCUCACAGAACACUUCUCAAUCCAGAACAGAACAGGGCCUACAGUGUUCUUCAGAUAAUGCACUGCAGAAUGGUCAAAGUCUCCCCAAAAGUAAAGGUGAUGAAGGUGGCUCAAAAUCAACAAAGAAAACACUCCUGCAGGGAAUCAGUCUUCCUUCCAGUGCCUCCAUGGAAGCCGAGAAAGUUCAACACAUGAAUGCAACCAGCUCAAAAACACCUAAUUCUAGAAACGAAUUUCAGGAAAGCUCUGUAAUUUCAACUACUGGCACAGCUGUUGUGCCAUCUGUAAGACUGUCUGCUGCAGACAGUUUUUCCUCUGUAAAUGUUCUCAAAAGUAUGGACUUAAUAAGCAGUGCUGGCACGCCCGUGACUUCUGCAGCAGAAGGAAUGAAGGCUGUAACGGUAAUAAGUACUCUGCCUGCCAGUCCCCUAGAGAACUGCUGGUCUUUUUCAGGCUCUACAGGUGUUGUCCCUUCAGACUUGAAAAAUAUGAGUAGCCUUACACGGAUGCCUUCAGCUGGAAACACACAGACCACAUGGACAACUUUGCAGCUAGCAGGAAAUACUGUGCAGCCACUAAGCCAAACACCAUCCAGUAUAAUGACUGCGCUGCUAAGUGAGCCAGUGAAUGGGGCUAGUACUGUAUCUCCUGCUCACAGCAGGCCUUUGACUACAAGCAUUAGUUUGAAUACUCUGCCUAUAGAUGGGCAGGCAGCUGAACAGAUCGUAGUUACCUUGCCCUCAUGCCCAUCCCUACCUAUGCAGCCAUUAAUCAGCCAACCACAGGUUAAAACUCAGGCUGCAGGAAGUAUCCUUCCAUUAAAUUCAACUAUGCAGGUAAUUCAAAUGGCUCAGCCAGUUGCAUCAGCUGUGACAGGAGCACCAGCGAACCAGAAUGUCAUCAUUCUCCAGCCUCCAAACACAGCUCCGUGUCCUCCAAUUGUGAGAGCAGAAGUUCCUAGCCAAAAUGUCAGUCAACAAAUUGUAAUUAUUCAAGCUGCCAGUCAGAAUCCUCUUCCUCUCCUCUCUGCCCAGCCUUCUGCUUCUGUCAGAGUUCCUGUGAAUGGGCCUGUGGCAGUUGCAAACUCCAGCAACUCUGUACAAAAUGCCCAUCUUCCACAGACUUUUGGAGGGAAACACCUUGUCCAUAUAUUACCAAGGCCAUCAUCUUUGCCAUCUUCUAGCUCUACGCAAACAUUUUCAGUUACAAUGUCAAAUCAACAGCAUCCCCAAACAAUCUCAUUAAAUGGGCAGCUUUUUGCAUUGCAGCCUGUGAUGUCUUCAUCUGGAGCUUCAAAUCAAGCCCCUAUGCAAAUUAUACAACCCACCACCAGCGAAGAUCCAAAUACCAAUGUUGCUCUCAAUACAUUUGGUGCUUUAGCUAACCUCAAUCAGAGCAUAUCACAAAUGGCUGGACAAAGCUGCUUACACUUGUCUCUAAGCCACCCUACCAAUCCCACAACUGUCCAUAACCAGAUCACCACAGUUAACUGUGUGUCAUUGCCAGCUUCAGCACCCCCCUCAGUGCCUCUGGAGGGUUCAGUAUUAACUAGUGCAUCUACUUCAACAAAUGUUUCCCCCAAAAAAGCUGCUGCUGGUUUUCUGUCUAAUACAAAAUCAAAAAGGACAAACAAAAAGCAGAGUACAAAAAAACACCUAGCAGCCAACAUUAAAGUUUCCUGUCCAGCAAUUCCUUGUAAAGAUGCAGGGAAAGCAGACAGUGCUUCUGUAGAAGCUGUGGCAAAGCAUUCUAAGGGUGAAGGGUUGCCUGAAAACAUUCCAGCAGUGUCACAAGCUUUAGGCACGUUGCAGACGAGCGGUACAAGUAUUUCUCCUUCCAAAGAAGCUGAGUGCUCAGAGCAAGCAGUGGGAUCCUGCCCUGUACCAGAGACAACUUCAUCAGAGCUGCCAGCCCCCUCACCAUUGCAGCUCGCGGUGUCCGAACGGUUGGCACUGGUCCCACCAACUGCCAGGGAUGCUGCUCCUCUCCUGCCAGUGCCUCAGUCUCAAAGCAACCCGCUGACCAGCUCAGCAUCAUCGGAGUCUUCCACCUGCUGUGAGCCCCCUGCCACCUUAACAUCCUCUCAAACUGAAGGACAUGGGACAAGUUCUCAGGUUGCUGGGGCAUCAGCAGUGCAGAGCAGCACGGUAGGUCAGACUUCCACUGCAGGAACAACUUCAGAAUCCUGCAACGUUCCGCAGGGUUCUUCAGUUGUGAUGCAAGAUGUGGACUUGUUGGAAGGGCAAGGUCUGACCAAAAUGCUGUCUGAUCUCACAAAAGAAAGAACAGUUGUGGAAAAAAGCUCUUCUUUUGCUGUUCAAGGGGAGCAUUCUAAUUUUCCCAUGGAAAACUCUAAAUCAGUGGAUUCAAACGUUGAUUUGCCUGAGAAGCAGGAACUCUUGUUAAUGAACACAGAAAGUGAUGUUCUCUCCCAGCAUCACACCUGCGUUUCUGAUCAGGAAGUAGUUAGUGCUGCCCUCAUCGCCAGCAGGCAGGCAGACUCCCCAAUGUCAACCAGCUCUGGCAGCAGUCGAGGCUUCUCUGUGGCAUCGAUGUUACCAGAUACCACCAGAGAAGAUGUUACUAGCAACACGUCAACCAGUACAUGCAACAGCUGCACGUUUUCAGAACAACCUGACAUAGUUGCUCUUGCAGCAAGAGCUAUUUUUGACCAGGAAAGCCUUGAGAAAAGUGGAGGAGGAAUGCAAGUUAACUUGAGGGAAACCAUAUCUAAGUCAACUGAGGUUGCAACUCUGGAGAGAGAGCAGCAGACUUUUAAACCUCUACCAGUGAAAGAAAGCAAUGCAGGGCCAUUAGAAACAGCAUCAAACAAAUUCAGUGCUCAGGAUACAGUACAAACAAAUGUUGAUAGACAAGUUGAAAAACCAAGCUGUUCUGUAGGAGGUGUGGAAACCUCCAACUCUUUGCAGAUUUCAGCUUCCCAGUCACAGAGCAUAACCAGUUUGAGUGUGAAUAACCUGAUACACCAGAGUCGCAUUGUCCAUCCCCUCGUGAGUUGCUCAAGUUUAUCCCAGCCUUCAGAGCCAGCAAGCAUUCCUGCAACUGUGGGACUCUCUCUUCCAUCUAGUUCUUAUGUCAACCCGUCUCCAAGACCUGCUAUGAUGAGUGAGUAUGCUCAGGAACAACUGAAUGCUAUUAGGGCAAACUCCAUGCAAGCUCCUCAGCUGCAGGAAUCACACUUAAAGCAGCAAAAUCAUGAAGGUCGCAAAGACUCUGCCAAGCGGGCUGUUCAGGAUGACCUUCUGCUUUCUACUGCAAAGAGGCAAAAGCAGUGUCAGACAGCACCUCUGAGGCUUGAAGGGAUGGCACUGAUGAAUCGAACACCAGAGAAUAUUGCUGAUCAAACACAGAUGCUGGUCGGUCAGAUGCCUUCUAAUUCAUCAAAUUCAGUGGCAUCCUUGAGCAAUCAGGGGCACGCAGAUGGCCUCAGUAGGCUAUUCCCAUCAAACAGCAACUUUGUAACUCCAGCUUUGAGGCAAACUGAAGUUCAGUGCAACUCUCAGCCAUCCAUUUCAGAGCAGCAAGGCCCAGCCGGGCAGCAUUUGCAGCCAAUUCAGCAUGUUCCUGCUCAAGGCAUAUCUCACCUUCACAAUAAUCAUCCCUACUUAAAGCAGCAGCAGGCUGGACAAUUAAGAGAAAGGCACCACUUGUAUCAGCUGCAGCACCAUGUCACUCAUGGGGAAAACUCAGUCCACUCUCAACCCCAUGGUGUCCACCAGCAGCGAACAAUACAACAGGAGGUGCAAAUGCAAAAGAAACGAAAUCUCAUCCAAGGGACCCAAGCCCCACAACUUUCUUUACAGCAGAAACACCAUGGAAGUGAUCAAACACGGCAGAAAGGUGGUCAGCCUCAUCCUCACCACCAGCAAAUGCAGCAGCAGAUGCAGCAGCACUUUGGAGCUUCCCAGCCUGAGAAGAACUGUGAAAAUCCUGCAACAAGCAGAAACCAUCAUAGCCACCCUCAGAGCCAUAUAAAUCAGGAUAUUAUGCAUCAACAGCAGCAAGAUGUUAGCAGCAGGCAGCAAGGUUCAGCUUCUGAACACGUAUCAGGGCACAAUCCCAUGCAGAGGCUGAUGACCUCCAGGGGCUUGGAGCCACAAAUGGUAUCCCAGGCAAGUAUUGUAACCAGGCCCUCUGACAUGACCUGCACCCCUCAUAGGCAGGAGAGAAACAGAGUUUCCAGCUACUCUGCUGAGGCGCUCAUUGGGAAGACACCCUCUAAUUCAGAGCAGAGAAUAGGAAUCUCUCUUCAAGGCCCUAGAGUUUCUGACCAGCUUGAAAUGAGAAGCUAUAUUGAUGCUUCUAGAAACAAAGGGCUGGUCAUUCACAAUAUGCAGGGCCGUAUAUCCAUUGAUCAUACGGUUGGCUCAGAUGUGCAACGGCUUUCUGAUUGCCAGACAUUUAAGCCAGCGGGACCCAACCAACAACCUGCAGGCAAUUUUGAUGUGCAGGCCUCAAGAAACAGUGAGAUUGGUAAUUCCGUGUCAUCCCUCAGGGGCAUGCAGUCGCAAGCUUUUCGAAUUGGUCAGAAUACUGGGCCGUCCAUAGAAAGACAGAAGAGAUUGCCUUACCAGCCAGUACAAGGUAUUCCAACAGGAAAUUCCCUUCCAUCAAGGGAAAAUGAAAAUACAUGCCACCAAAGUUUUAUGCAGAGUUUGCUUGCCCCUAACCUUGGAGAUCAAGUCAGUGGAAGCCAACGAUCAAUCCCAGAACAUGCGAGGAAUACGCAGUGUGGUGCAUCCUCCACGAUUGAGUACAGCUGUCCGCCAGCCCGGGAGAGCGUCCACAUCCGGAGAGAUGGCGAUGGUCAGAAUAGGGAAAGCUGUGACAUGUCUAUCGGUACAAUUAACACCAGGAACAGCUCUUUAACUAUUCCCUUCUCAACUUCAUCUUCCUCGGGAGACAUUCAGGGUCGAAAUACAAGCCCAAACAUUUCCGUACAGAAGUCCAAUCCCAUGAGGAUGACAGACAGUCAUGGAACAAAGAGCCACAUGAAUACACCUGUCUCCAGCAACAUGCAUGGGGUUGUGAGGCCAACUCACCCUCACCCUGCAGUUUCUCAUGGAAAUGGUGAACAAGGGCAGCCUUCUGUUCGUCAGCCAAAUUCUUCAGUUACUCAGCGCUCGAGGCAUCCUCUACAAGAUAACAAUGGCUCUAAAAUACGGCAGCCUGAAAGGAAUCGAUCUGGAAAUCAAAGACACGGGAAUGUCUUUGACCCUAGUCUUCCCCACCUGCCCCUGUCUACCAGCAGCAGUAUGAUCCUUGGGCGCCAGCAGUCUACUAUAGAAAAGAGAGGAAGCAUUGUCCGCUUCAUGUCUGAUGGCCCUCAAGUGUCCAACGACAAUGCAGCCUCUGACCAACAUACACUUUCUCAGAACUUUGGAUUCCCUUUUAUCCCAGAGGGUGGCAUGAAUCCACCCAUAAAUGCCAACGCGUCCUUCAUUCCCCCAGUUACUCAGCCUAGUGCCACUCGAACACCAGCCCUAAUCCCCGUCGAUCCCCAAAAUACGCUGCCAUCCUUCUACCCGCCUUACUCUCCUGCCCACCCCACUCUUUCCAAUGACAUUUCUAUCCCUUACUUUCCCAACCAAAUGUUUCCUAAUCCGAGCACAGAGAAGCCGAGUAGUGGAGGUUUGAACAAUCGAUUUGGAUCUAUCUUGUCACCUCCCCGGCCCGUUGGUUUUGCUCAGCCAAGUUUUCCUUUGCUUCCAGAUAUGCCACCAAUGCACAUGACCAAUACGUCACACUUAUCCAAUUUUAACUUGACGUCUUUGUUUCCAGAAAUAGCCACAGCUCUUCCUCCAGAUGGUUCAGCAAUGUCUCCUUUGCUUUCCAUUGCAAACACAUCUGCUUCCGAUUCUUCCAAGCAGCCCUCAAACCGACCUGCCCACAAUAUAAGCCAUAUUCUAGGUCAUGACUGCAGCUCAGCUGUAUGAAGACUGACAGACCGACUUCUAGUCUGAUGAGUUGUUUAUAUAUUUAAGGAAAAGAAAGUGGAUCUCACUGGCAUCCCUGAAGAGACCAGUCAUAGCAUCACUGUUUAUUUGCCUAAAUGUAUGUAUAUGGGUACCUUCUGUAUUUAUAUACACACUUUCUAUCCACCUUACUAACUUUAAAGCACCAGUGCCUAUAGCAAUGCUUACUUGCAAGUAAACGGUAAGAAUGCAACUUUUAGAGCUGUGCAAAUACUGAUUGUUGAUUUUACAACAAUCAAGCUUGAUGUCUGAUAGCCACUCUCUGUGGUACUUGGAUGUAAAGAAAGAGGUGAGAAUAUCCAAACAGGAGACAGGAAACCAAGUGCUACAGGUUUCAUUUUAUUUACAAUGUGUUUAACUGAAGCUAAAAGCAAACUUGAAGUGGCUUAGGUUUUUCUUUUUCCUUUGCAAAAUAUUUUCAGGAGCCUCCUAACAAGACAAGUCUCUGCUAAUCUGGCGUUAAUUGAUAAAGGCAUUUGUUGUGCAGUUUUUGUCUGUUUGAAGCUUGUUGCAUCCACUUGACUUAAGGCUGACUUGACCUGGCAAAAAAUGCCAUGUGUUUCCUUGGCCAGAAAUUAAAAAUACAGUUUUAGAAAAUUGAGAUUUCUUUAAUGCAUGACUUUCUGUUUCAGAGAAGAAUUUUGUUUGAAUCUUGUUUAACGAUAGUAUCUGUUGCAGCUGAACUUGGCCAACAUUUUAAUGUAACUUAGUACUCCUACUGGGGUACCAUGGGGACAGCAGUCCUGUUUGUUGCCAUUUCAUUGCUCAUAUGCUGCAAGUUACCUCAGGGUGGUUUUGUACCUUGUUUAGCACCUUCUUUAUGUCUUCUUUUUUUUUUUCCCCCUCUCCUUUUCUUUGGCCCGUGCUCAGCCACCAGCUUUCUGGUUUCUGUGAGUGACAGCCCCCUGUUGUAAUGGUCAGCACAUGGGAGCAGCACUGAGCCCAAGGCAUCCCACAGAAUCCAUGGGGAUCGUGGGCACGGUGUCUCCUUACUGUUGCUGGCAGCAUUGGGGCCUAAUAUAAUAUCAGUACUUUGCACUUGAAUGCACCUUUUGUCUAAACCCAUGUGGUCAUGGGUGAAGGGAGAAUGUGAAUGUGUCAAGAUUGAAAAGCUGCGUGCCAGGAAGAUGUGAUGUGAGCAUCACAAGGAAGGGGGACAUUUGUGUGUGUGAGGGACAGAGCGAGUGUGUGUGCUGGCUGAGACUCCAGUAUGCUUUCACAGAUUUUGAUCCCAUUUCUUUUAAAGGAAAGGGAAGAAAUUGGUACGUUUUAUUUAUUUAAUAGCUCUGUGGUGUGAUUUUUUAGGCAGAAAUAUGUCUUUUAAUUUAAGUUCUUGGAAAUACCGUUCCAGAUUAUGUUCUCCAAAUAACACAGUUUUCUUGUAAGCAGUCCUCCUGCACCCAGCUGACACAGCUGCAGGGGGGUGUAAGCUCCAAACACUUUGGUAUUGCGCAUCCCUGUGUCACACUAGUGCUCCUGGGACCUCUGACAGCUUCAUUCCCAGUGUCCCUGCUCGUGUGAGAUGGGGCAGGGGCAGGUUCCCUGGGGUUUUUUUUGACUAAUUAUUUUAUUCUGUUUUCCCAAAGGGCAGAAAGGAAGAUGCUCCUUCAUCUUGAAGAAUAGGAACCCCAAAGAGGUAGCUAGAAGUUUUUUCAUAGCUGGACUGCCUAGGCCCCGUUUUUGCCAAGUCCUUUUAUACUGCUUCAGGAAAGUAAAGAAGCUUUAGCAUAAAACAGAAUUGGGCUGUCUGUAGUAAGCUGGUAAUGUCUCCAUUCUUGUAAGCUGGGGUCAGAUGUUUUCCUGCAAAGCUGAGUAAAAUGGUUCUGUUUCAAAUGGGUUAUCAUCAUUUAAUUCAGAUGGGGCAUAUCUUUAGGACACUAAAUCUAAGUGGUGCUUCAGUUUUUCUGUGUUCAGUGCAAAUAUUUGAUGGAAUAUUUAUUUCACUUCAAAGCAAGCUUCCUUUUCUGCUCUUGCCUCCAAACAGCAGCGAUUGCUGUUGCAUUAGCAACGACCACCAGUCCUUGACUCUGACUGAGCAAACUGUGGCUCUGAGUUUUGUCUGGUCAGACUCUUGGGCUACGUUGAUCUCCUUGAUGCUGCAGAUCCCAAAUGGGGUGCUGUAAAGGAGCGCAAAGAGUUCCAUAAUGCUGAAUGGCUCCAGGGGUUACGGAUGAUUAUGUCAGGAGGACUGAAUCAGCAGUUGGAUGGUGUGCUAUGUGGUCUUCUGUACAUAGGAAUGUAGAAGAGCUGUUCUUACUCUUCAUUUGAUACUCACAUUGGUUUCCUCUGCUGGGAAGGCUCCACCACUUUGGAAUGUCUGUCAAAGCUGCAGGGAGCCUGUAAGCUUGCAUGGGUAUAUUUGUUCCUUGAGAUUGGUUUUGCUAUAAAUUUCACUGGUGUUGUAUGAAGGCAAAUGCAAUCCUGAGUAUUCGCAACAGAACGUGUUGGCAGUGUUGGCUUUUUGUAUUUAUUUUUUAUGUUGUAAAUCAAUUUUUCAUCAGGCAGUUAAGUUUUAUGUUCCCCAUUUCUGUUUACAAAGAUGACCAAAAAGCAACUGUACUCAUAGGAUACCUGUAGUGCAGGCAGUUGCCAUACAGUCAUUUUAGUGUUGUAAAGACUGUGUGAUUUUGCAGGAACUGCACAGUUUUGUGGUGUAUGGCUCAAAAUUCAUUACUGUGUGACCUUCAUUCUCCUCCAAAGGAUUGCACCUUGCAUUGUUUUUAUGGGGUGUGGUGCUUCCUAUGUAAUCACUGUGCCUCUCAGGACUUUUUAUGGAAACUACCAAGACUAGGAUGGAGAGCACUCCUUUUCCCCCGUGGAAUAGGGCAAUUUCUGUUGAAGUUCAACCGCAGCCCAGUGUGAGUCUUUCUAUAUGCCAUAAAUGAUGCUAAGUGCUCUCGAUGGCAUUCGUUUAGGAUAAAAGGAGACGUAGGAAGACCUAGCUGCAAGAGAUUCAUGUGAAGGCAUUUGUCCAAAUUCUAUUACUUAUUCCCAAAUUCUAUUAUUCCCAUUGCUGACUGGCAUUUAAAUCAAUUAAUUAAAAGAAAAAGUGGCUCUAGUAUGUAGUCUCGUGGCGUAGUUUGCAGUUCAGGAUGGUCUUUGCUGCGCCUGGCCAGGUGCCCCGGUUUGGGGUGACUGUGCUUUUACCACAGAUUUGUUUCUCAUGUGUUAGUGCUCAUGAACAGCUGAUGGAAUGGUAUUUUGCAUUAAAAGAGAAGAAGUGAGAUGUUAAGUACUUUCUGUUGGUUUUUAAUUACGGAAUUGCUUUCAUUUUCCUCUUCACUGUAAAUUAAUUACCCCUGCCUCUUCAUUCUUCAAGUAAAACCACAUUUUCUUCAGCAAAAUUCUAUAAUUCCAACAAGAAUUCCUUGUCAAUUUAAAGGUCUCUUGUUUUUAAACAUAUAUUUGGAAAAGAUUUUGUGGAUUUAAUUGCAAUUUAUUAUCCUGAGAGUGGAAUUUUCUCUUCAAUAAUGGUUUCAUGAUAUCUUUCUGAAGAAUUUGUUUCUUGUUUGAAGAGAGGAAGAAUGGUCCAUGCUGCUUCAUUUAGGAAAAGAAGCAGCAAAAGGGAGUGGUUCAGAACUACCUCUGAGGUGGGACUGCUGCAGUCGAUGAGCAUUGGGUAGCUGUGGCCUCCAGCUUGCCCUAAAUGCUUUCAACAAACAAUAGCAAAUGGGCUUAGGGAUGAAUUGCAUGUAUUUUAAUGUAAUUAAAUAAAUCAACUAAUCCCUUAAGAAAUGUAGGAGAAUACGAGCAGAAUCAGAUUGAGUUGACAGCAGGCACUAAACUGGUCGUGUACAAGCAUUUUUGUUGGUUUUCACUGGGAGCGAGGGGCUCAUCAAAGCGCAGUUCCCAGAAAUGGUUUGAGCUGUACUGGGAUGCAUUUGUCAGCCCCCGCUGCCGGCAGAGGAGCUCCUCUGAACAGAACACACAGCGCUAGUGCAGGGCCUCUGACAUUUUGCACAGAUAUCCAACGCACUUUAAAGCUGCACUGCCACUGUGGUUAGUGACUGGUUUCGGUGCAGAAAACACAGCACUUGGCAGGGCAACCGCAAAAGGCGUUUCUAGUAACAAGGGUCAUUUCGUUGCUUCUCAUCUCUUCUCUGUCUACCGUACUCAGAGGUACCCACGCAGCCCUGGCUCUCACAGAGCACUGCGCUGCCCUCUGCUUCUGGAUGGCCAAACAUAGCCAGGUGCAUUGAGAGCUGUGGUCUUGCCCUAUUCCCCACACAACUGUCAUGCUUGUCGCUUUAGUCAUAAUCCCACCUUGACUUGGAAGGAAAGAGUAGAAUUGAAUCUAUUCAUACCAAAUUGAUCCAAUUUGUGUUGUUGGGUUUUUUUCUGUAUUUGCUUUUGGAUAGAGUGAUGUAAGCAGCUCCAUCCAUUUUCAUCAGCCAGUCUGCAUUUUCUUCUGCUCCUUUUCCCUUCUGCCCCAAUCCAGCAGUGCUGGCAGCUCCAUGGCAGAGCAUACAUGUGCACAGGAUGGCACUGUCAACCUUGUGCUGCCUCUGCUGUCCUUACGGUACAGCUGAGAGUUAAACUACCCACGCUUUACCUCCGCACAUCGUACUGAUAGCGAAUUAUUCUGUGAAUGGUGAAAGACUUCCAGAAAUGUUUGGUUGUGAUGAUAAAAAACCAUCUUCUCUUUGCUACCAAUCCUCACGUGGUUACACAAAAGCCAUUCUUUAGUUCUAAGAUAAUUUCUGAAGAAUAGCGUAUUGUUCUGCAAAGUUGCUGGCCCUUACCUUAGUGGCUAAUUUUUGUAUUAAAAAAAAAGGCAUUUCCUACUUUCUCACCCAACUGCAUUUUUACAAGCAGGUUCCAAGACUGCAAUGUGCUUUGCUGUUUCAGCAAUCACAAAUGCAAAACAAGACAGCAAUGGGCUGUACCCACGUUCCUGCCUGCUCACUGUGAGAAGGAAAGCAAAGAUGGAUUUUGCCACAGGAGAUUAUUCAGAGAUGCUGUUGCCCUCCACAAUAUAAAUUAUUUAUAUUCAGCCCAGAAUUAUCUGCUGUGCUCCUGUUUUAUACAGCUGUAAAUUACUUGGUUACAGCCCCAGUGGAAAGCCCUUAUUAUUUUGUAAUGGAAAAAGGAAAUCUGCAGUAGAAGAAUAUAACGAAAGAGCAGGAACAUCGUCUUGCAAUUGUAAAUAAGAUCUUGGUCUGUUUAUUUUGACAUCUUUUUACAAAUGUGUUGUAUGCAAGUGUAAAUAUCUCAACCCAUGUUCUCGUUCAGAGCUCUGAGAUUUCUAUUGUUAUAUGUAAUACUUUGUUUAAUAGUUGUAAUAAUUAUUUGUAUAGAUAUGAACACAAUAGUAUUUUAUUAAAAAAAGGAAAACGUUCUUCAAA